AUGAUUUCUUGGUGUCUACCGCGUGCUGCUUUUCUGCGGCUGCGCAAUGGUGACGUCGACUACAUUGACUAUGGAGGUGGCUAUGAAGGUGGCUAUGGUGGGUACGGCUACCCAGACUACUACUCGUCGUACGGUGGUGACGUCGGCUACGGUGGCUAUGGAGGUGGCUAUGGUAGCUAUGGCUACCCGGACUAUUACUCGUCUUUUGGCUACGGCUACGGCCAACCUGGCUACGGGUCCCCGGACUACUUCGGCUAUGAGUCUGCGUCUGGCGCUAGUGUCGAUGGCAACACCAUGAAGAAGGAAUCGUCGACUGCCGCUGCGACGGAUGGUGCCGAUACGAAGUCGGACGAGAAGGAGAGCAAGACGUCACCGGCGUCGGCGCCGAAGACGAAGGCGAAAGAGGCCAAGUCGGAUGACGCCGACAAGGCUACAAAAGGCAAGUGA